AUGAACGGCGAUGCGGGCCUGGUAGGCUGCCUGGUCGAGAGGCUUACAACGAGGCUCCCCCACCGCACCGGCACGACGACCCAGGACCUCUCCCAGGACGACAUCGUCUCCAUCACGCGCGCCACGCUCGUCAAGAUCAGCGCCUCCUCCAUCAGCCUCAUUCUCGACGCUCUGCUCAACUUGCUAGAGGACUUGGCGCGCCCCUAUAAAUCCGUCGUCUCACAUCCGCCCCAUGUCCUCUUCUCGGAGCUCUAUGUCCUUGAGCUCAUUGCCGACUGCUUUGCCAGCAAUUGGUAUCGUCUCAGGGGCUCCGUCGACAAACCCAACGCUUCUCCCGUGUCGGACGGCCCCCUGUCCCCGUCGCAGCGAGCAGCCUUCUACCCGCCCGAGUCCCUCACCGAUGUGCAGAUCGCCCGGAUAUUCGACGUGAUCAAGGUCCUGUUCGAACCGAUUCCGGACGGCUACACAUUGCCAGCCAAGGCUAUAUUAGACGAUUCGUCCGCCAAGCCCAUCGCAACACCCUUACCAGACGAGCCCACUCGAACACCGCUCUCUACUUCAUCCAAUGAGCCCGUCGAGACAGGAAGCCUUCUCCAGGCCCAUGCCAGCGCCAUUGAGGCACACGUAAAGCUCAUGGUUGAGUACAUGACGGCCUCGAGCUGGCCCAUCGCCUUCGACUUCUUCCGAAACAUAAUCUACGCAUCCCGCAACCCGGUGCCCACGCAGAACAAUGCCGCCCCGAAUACCGCCGCCGUUGACGAGGAGCGCGCCGCGCUCAUUGUGCUGCGCCUCGUCUCCUACUUCUGGGUCGACAGCCAGAAGUUGGGUCUCGUCAUACAAGAGUUUUGCUCGAGCUUCCUGCAUUACCGCAAAUCGUUCCAAAACACCAUAGCCGUGGUCCUGCCGCAGCUCAUUACCCGCUGGUUAGACCGCUACCCGGACGAGUUCGUACAGAUGCAUUCCCUGCACAACCCUAAGCGCCGCGACACGGCGCCCGACACGCUGCUGGAGAUGGCCCACACGGUAGGGGACAACGGCCGGCGGAAGGCACUGUUGUUUCCGAUGCAGAUGACGCUGCUAUUCCUGCAGCCCGAUGUGUUUGAGGUCGCGAGCAAUCUGCGCGAGGCGAAAGGCGCCAGCAUGGUCAAGAAGGUUCAGUUUCUGGACGGGCUGAGGAAGGCGUUGAGGAACCGCAACGAACAGGCCGCCUACUGUCUGGUGCUGUUGCUGAGGGCAGCGAGGCACUUUGAUAUUGAGAGCGAUUCGGCCCUCAUGAGCUACGCCAUGGACGUGCAAGAUGAGGUGAGAGAUGCCGUGUUCAGGCGGUUCGCUCCAGGAACCGAGGGGGUGCUGUUUGAGCAGGACAUCAUGACAGCUGCGUUCGUGUCGCUCGCACACCUCAAUUUUGACUACUGCGUCGAGACCCUGGCCACGGCAAUUUGUCUGGCCCCUUCGGCGCCCGAUAGCUUCAAGAUCGCCGUAAUCCAGGCAUGUGCGCAUUUUGCUCGUCUCGGCGAUAGGGAAGAGUAUCAGCCGCUCUUCACAGCGGCGAGCGCCUUCGUUCAGGGGCAGCUGCAGUUCAUGUCUGAGCUUCUCGCCGAAGGAUACAUUGAAGAACAGAGCGCCCAGCGCAAGGCAGCGGAGAGUGCUUCUUCAAUUAGCAUGAUCUCCAAUAUUCUCAGCUUCUUGGAUGCCUCUCCCAUGACUCUCUUCGAAGGCCCGCCCAUGGACCGAGGCGAGCGCGACGUUUUCUAUCGGGAGAAUCUCGAAGCACUCAUCUCUUGCGUCAUUGCCGCUGACGAGUCUGUCAGGCGGCUGGCUACGGGCGUCGCGAAGCGCUUGUUCGCAAAGGAGCAGGUGCUCUCAACGCUGAGAGCGUCAAAGGGUCUUAGCUCUAAGGCCUUCAAGACCAGGUUCUGGCAGCUUACGUCACUCAUUCUGAUAUCGAUCUGCGACAGGGCAAGAAUGCCAUGUUCCGCCGAAGCGCUCAGGUCUAUCCACGGCUAUUUAGAGUCAAGGUUACUAGUCCUGACCGCUAUACCAGAACUUGGCCAGACUUCUGAUGACAUUCCUGAACGGACCGCUGCCUCGACAAAGCUCGAGACUCUCUUUCUGGUAUCGCUCUGCUCUGCCGACAUUGAAGCCUGCCAGAUUGUCACAUCCUGUGUUGGCACGUUCCUCGAUGAAUGCCGGCUCAUCGACACAGCACCGGCGACAGCAAAGUCGUCCCUGACUCUACUCCGGAAUGCCGACAUUUUUGGCGAGAUUUCAGCCCGCGACUUCAGGUUUACUGGGCUGGUAGCAUUCCAGAAGAGAACCAGGUCGCUGUUGAGACGCAUGCAGUACCCUAGCGCCGGCAUCCUUGACGCGUGGGAAUUUGUCUUUGACAGGUGGAUGAUCCUCAACAAGGAGCUUUGCCAGGCAACCGCCGAGGGCGUCGAAGAGAGGUUAAUAAUCGACAUGGUUGCCGAAUGGCGGAAUUAUUCAGGCUUCCUUGCCUCGCUGGGAGGUAUCUGUACAGCUGAGCAAGUUUCUAAAGCAUCUAACCUAGAAGAGCCCGCCAUUAGUGGGCUGAGGUGGAUCGACCGGCUGUCAUCUGGAAUUCACGAAGAACCGCUCCUGACACGGUAUCUAAGGUUGAGCAUCCAGCUUCUCGCCUGCGCCAACCUCCGGGUCCGCGAGACCAUUCGAGAGGUCCUGUCCGUCGAGGUACCGUCAUCCCUGUAUUAUCCAUUGUUCAAAGCCCUUAGCGCAGAGCUCGACGUGCUGUUCACAGGCGCUCUUGAGCCGAGUGUCAAGGGAGUCGAUAACGACAUCAUCUUCGCCGAACAGUCCACAUCUCUCCUCAAGGCUUUAGUCGAGAGGCUUGAUGGUGCGACGGAGCUCGGUGCAGCAUCCAACCUGCACAUCGGCCUCAUGUGUCUGAAUUUUGCCAAGUUUCUCGACGGCGUCUCCGACACGCCUAGCAGCCUCCGCGUCAAAAUCAAAACCUGCCAGCUCAUCGAAUCCGUAACCAAGCGCAAGGAGCACCUCAACCUCCGUGACGAUGUGCGCAUCCGCAACCAAUUGCUCGAGUACAUCUUUAGCUGGAUCGCCCGUCCGCGCUCCCCUCGGGCGCCAGAAAACGCCUCCUACGGUAGCGGCCGUCCGGACGAAAUGACACGCGUCCAAAAGGACCUCGACAAGGCUUGCCUGCGCUGCCUUGCCAGCCUCACAUUCCGACUUCCCCUUCAGCCAGGCGAUGGGCAAACGGAUGCCGGCACAAGCGAGCUCAAGUCACAAAUGUUUCAUCAGUACUUUAACCGCUUCCUGUCGCUGCUAAAUAUGGACUUGAACGCGUCCGACAUCGUGCGGAGCGACGGCCACCAUCACGGCCACUGGGGCAGCUCGAGCACUGCGUCCGAGGCGUCAACGUCGGAUCUGGCAAUUACCAUUCUCUCCAACCUGCUAAGUGCGAAUAUCGACGUCGGAUUGAAGCACUCGCUGAGCAUUGGUUACCACGAAAAUGUGGACAUCAGGACAGCGUUUGUGAGGGUGUUGUAUAACAUCCUCGUGCAAGGCACGGAGUUCAAUAACCUGAGCGAUGCCGCAGUGCUUGAGAAGUAUAAUGAGCUGCUAGACCUGCUGACGGCAGACCCGAGCUUGGCGGUGGCCAUGAGCGCCGUUUGCCCCAGUCACGAAGUGGACGAGCUCACCAUUUCACUGUUAAACAUCUUUGAGACGAGGGGACUGAGUUUUGUGCUGCUCGAGGCGUUGAUCAAGCACGAGGUUGAGGAGACUGAGAACGAAUCAGAGCUCCUCCGCCAAACCUGUGUCGCUACCAAGAUGUUGUCCAUAUACGCAAAGUGGAAGGGCACCGGCUACCUCAAGGACACGCUGCAGAACGUGGUUGAGAGGCUCAUGCUGACGUCCAAGGAGUUGAGCCUGGAGCUGGACCCGACCAAGGUCAACUCGCCUGAGGAGCUGCAGACGAAUGCGGAGCACCUGCAGAUUGUCGCUCGCGUCUUUAUUGAGAACAUAUGCUCAUCUUCAUCCAAUAUCCCGGCGUCCUUUCGCAAGAUUUGCAGUAUUAUCUCGGACUCGGUCCUGGAGAAGUUUCCCGACGCAAAGUACACUGCUGUCGGCGCCUUCAUAUUCUUGCGCUUCUUCUGCCCUGCAAUCGUUGCGCCUGAGGUUGAGGGGCUCGUCUCAACACCGCCAUCAAAGGAGAUGCGUCGUGGGCUGCUACUCAUCGCCAAAGUCAUUCAAAAUCUGGCAAAUAAUGUGCUCUUUGGAGCCAAGGAGCCGUACAUGUUCCCGCUGAUUGAUUUUUUGACGAACAAUAUCUACAAGGUUACUACUUUUCUGCGGGAGAUAUCAGUCCCGCCAACCACGCUGGAGGAUACCACUGGGGGCGAAUCGUUUGACUUUGGCUCCUGUGUGGCGCUUCACAGGUUCCUGUAUGAGCACUGGGAUCACGUCCGGCAGCGGCUUGCCUCUAGGGAGAGGCGGGAAUUCGUCUGGUCACCGUCGGAUUCGAACAGAGGCCGGACCCACGUGCUAGAGCCGCUGAAGAAUCUUGUCAUGAACUUGGGGCCACCACCGUUGGCUGUCACAUGGAACCGGCCUCAUAUCGCGACGAACAGCCCCCCGGCUUACUCGAGGUUCCAGGAUUUCAUGCUCCGCAACGCUUUCCGAACUACCGAGUCCUUCCUGACAGCCCGCGCGGUGUACGACGGCGGCGAGAGUAAGGACGGGCUGUCCAUCAUCUGCAUUAUUCUUCGCAAUAUUGAUGGAGAGGUAAUCGACUAUGACACCCUGAUAUACUGCUAUCUCAAGCUCGCCAGCCGGCUGUGGCACCGCCCGUUUGGACUCUUCAUCGACGCCACCUGCUACAACGGGCAAAGCGAGCCCAAGGAGGAGUUGUUCCAGAAGCUGGAACUGCUUACGCCGACCGAGCUGUCUCGCCAGCUGACGCGCAUCUACGUCUACAACACCAACAGCGCCUCCAAAAAAUGUCUUCGUCGCAUCCUCAAGGUGUCGACCAGGAACGAAAACAGCGUGUUCAGUUCAUCCAAUGUGGAAUACCAACUCAUAGGAAGCCUGCAGGAGCUGCAAGCGCAUUUCCACCUGAGCCAGCUGCAUCUGCCCAAGGAAACGAUCAGUGUCGUGACGGAUACCCGCUUUGUCUUUCAGCCGAUUGCCAGGCUGUCUAAAUCCAAGGGUAAGAUUGAUGUGGUGAUCAAGGUUGGCAGUCAGUUUGUGCAAGUCACAACGAACAAGAAGCAGGAAGUGCCCGGCUUCCGCCUGAGCACGACCGUCAAUGACAUCUUCCGACUGAGUGACGUGGAAGAGGCGCCCACGUCAAUCCAGACGGAGGACGACUCAGCCUUCGGUCUCAGGGCGGACAACGGCAGAAUUGUCAUGUACUUUACAAGCCCGAAGAAGGCCGAGGUGCUGCAGCACAUACGCGCGGCAAAGGCCAAAUACGCCAAGGACACGCGGGCCAUGAAGUCGUUUGAGCGACUGAUUCGGCCGCAGGACGUGCCGGGGACACUCCUGAACCUUGCCCUGACCAACCUGGCCAGUACGGAUUCGGUGCUAAGGCUAUCGUCGUAUAAUCUGCUGAGCGCGCUGUGCAAGGCGUUCAAGUUUACGGCAGCGUCGAAGCUGAUGAGUACGAAAGAUAUCAUGGUGCCACUGGACCCGUCGCAGUUCAUCAUCAAGAUUAGCAAGAGCCUGGCACAGACGGAACCUCAGUUGACGUCGGAUUUCUUGAAUGAGUUCUUCGUCGGGUGGGACAGCUUCUCGGAGGAGCAAAAGCCCCUGAGUUUGGCGUACAUGGCGCCCUGGAUUCCUGGGCUGCGUACCUCUCUGCUGGCUAGCGAAAGUGAGAGCGACAAGGGAAGGGAGAAGAUUGCGGCGCUGUUCAGGAAGCUUAUCGAUGUCACACUUUCAGACCCGACGCUGAUGUUUACCCUGGAGCAGUCGGUGUGGCCCGCCAUAUAUCAGGACGAAGUGCUUCUGGACAUAUUUCUGGAGGAGAUUAUCAAGGCGGCCCUGACGCUCGGUUUUGAAGACGUCCAAACCGAGACGCUGACGUCGAUUGCCAGCGCGAUUGGCACAAUCACUCUGCGAGGGAAGGUCAUAUCGCGCCUGCGGAAGGCAUUGAAUCGGUCCUCGCUGCGGCCGACCAAGUUCCUGCCUGACAACCCGGUCUGGAAUGAGAUCUGCGUGCUGCUACAGUUCUGCGCGGCUUUGUCAUUUGACAGCGGCGUGCAGGCCCAGCUGUAUCUGCCAGAGAUCUUCCACAUCGUCACGAUGCUCGCCAACACGGGCAUGCCGGAGGUCCGGGUCGUGGUGCACCGCCUGCUGGUCAACUCAAUCCACUCGGCAUGUACCUCAUUUGUACUCGACGAGAACCGGCUUAGCAAGCUACGGGCAACGUUGGAGGUGCUUUCGGACACCAAGAGCGACAUAUUUGUCAACACAGCCACCUUUAUGCGCGACGGUGCGUCCAUAUCAACUACCCAGGAAGCCGGGCCUACCCUCGCAGCGACCGAGCACCUAGCUACCAUUCUUUUCGAGACGUGCUCCAUCGCGGCGCCGUCGGUGGAUACCGCCAACGCGUGGCGUUCCCGAUGGAUGUCUCUCGUGGCCAGCACAGCCUUUCAAAACAACCCGGCGAUCCAGCCGCGUGCUUUCACCGUCAUGGGCUGCCUCGCCCGCGAAGAAGUCGAUGACGACCUGCUGUACCAGGUCCUCGUGGCGCUGCGCAACAGCGUGACCCGCUUUGCUGAGGAAGGCAGCAGCGACAUGCUCGUCGCCAUCGUCACGGCGCUGUCCAAGAUGAUGGCCAAGCUGCAAUCAGCGUCCCGGUACGGCCUGCAGCUCUUCUGGCUGGCCAUGUCGCUGCUGAGAUUGGUGCCGCCCCACCUAUUCAAUUGCGCCGCCGCGUUGCUCGAGGCCGUCCUCACUAACAUCAGCUCAUCGGGCGACAUGCGCGGAGGGGCCGAUAAGAUGGUCCCGCACCUGCUGCAGGGCAGGGCCCAGCUUGAAGAGGCGGCACUGCCCCUCGACGAGGCCUACGGAAUUCACUUCAACGCUGAGAGCUUCCACUUUGCGGCGUGCGCUUGCGUAGUCAGGGGUCUAACCGACACGGUCACCAAGGGUACCGCGUUGAGGGUACUCGCAACUUUGUUGGAGAUGACAAGCUGGUCGCCCGAGAGCAACGGCGGUGCCAACGCCGACAGGGACGUGCGCGACAUGGCGGCGUCGCCGUACAUGGCGCUCAUCCUGGCGCGGACGGCGUCGCUGGAGGAGCUGCGCGAGCACCUGUGGACGGCAGGUAUCAAUCCGAGCGGGCUGGCGGACCCGGGCACGCUGAGGGCGGCGCAGGACCUGGGCAGGAUCAAGGAUAAGGAUCUGCUGCUUAACACGGCCAUCGAGCUGGUGGAUUUCCAGUACCUUGAGGACGCGGUUCAGCAUCGUAGCCUGCAGUGGCUGAACCGGAUUGCGCUGGCUAGACCUGGGGUGGUUAUGCAUUUAUGCGGCCCCAUCAUCACCAUCCUGGACGACAUCCUCCUCCACUGCCAGAGCUCGGCCACUCUUGAGGCGGCGCACACGCUGCUGCAGACGCUGACCUCAAACCCAAAGUUCUCCAACUCGAGCGAGUCGGUCGCGGUGCUCAACGAGAUCCUCGACGAUAUGGGCUUUGGCGGCCUCUGGAGGAGCUGCUCGUUCAAUACGAGCCAGGAGCCACGCGACCAGGCGUACUUUGCGCUGACGGAGAAGCUGAUUGAGGUCAGUUGCGCCUAA